AUGGACUUGACGCCGUCGCUGAGCAGCAUCCACGAGGACGACAUCCACUUCAGCGAGUGGGAAAAUGGAACAGAGCCCACUGGGAUGCUACUGGGGCGAACUGGCGUCCAUAACGCCGACACCGAUGGGAAUUACGGCUACAUACCACGGAAUUGUCCUUGUUAUCCGAGGGAUGGAGAGGAGACCGGUCUCAACCACACGACCACCAAAUUCGACAUGAUCAACUACAACAUCUACAUGCGCAUCCUCGAGACGACGGUUAUGGCGAACCGCGUCUGCCCGGUCCUCGGCUUCAGCGACCUGUACGACGCGUACUCGGGCACAUGCACGGGCAUGGAGAACAAGACACCCCACCCCGCCCAGGUCGCCUUCACCGAGCUGUACCUACGCCCCGAUGAUGGCAAAUGGGAGCGUAUCAACUACGCCUGUCCGGACGGCAACGUCUUCUGCGCGUUCGACGACUUCUACGCGUGCUUCCGGGGCGUCCAGCGAACCUCCGACAUCGGAUGCGAAUGCAGAAGGCACUUCUGCCGCCAAUCUACGUUUCGUCUACUGCUCGGCGUCGAGCUUCCUCUACGACGAGCAGUUCGGAUGCGGGGAGAAAAUUCCGGAGCCGCUAACCGGACCCGGGCUGAGCCCUCGAGUCGCCGUGCGCGAGCAGAUAAUACUGGAACGGAAGAAGGCAUGACGUCAUCUACGCGUGCGAAAAAGCCAAAUGAGUACUACUGCGCCAACUGGGGACACGGCCACAAGCGUCAGCCUGGCUGCUACACCGGCGUCAAGUACGAGGACGAGAAGCAGUGCACUUGCGUUCCAUCCGAUGGCUCGGCCUCGGACGACGGCUACGUGCCGAACUAUGCGGGCGUCACCCUACCCGAGAGCACCGACGCCGCCAGGUCGAGCGGGACCGACGAGCGCAGACGGCUUCCGCCGCCCCGCAGGGCUGAGCCUGCUCAACAGGCGAUUAACAAACGCCUCCUUACUCUGGUCCUCUUCUUCCACGGCAUCCUGCUGCCCAUCUGCGUCGCCAUUGUGCCAGGUGCUGAAGCCCAGGCC